AUUUGGUCCCGCGGAGAACAACCAAAACAAAACCAGGAGGGUGACACAACACGGCUAGCUGAUUGUCCCGUCGACAUUACCGUCCUCAACUCCCAUCAAGAUGAUUACGUCCUAGCAAGGCUAAGAUUAUUUCCACAAAUCCGACAGGUCUCCCUCGCGCUUGUAAAAGGAAGGUGCAGUCAAUACUCAACCUUUCCCACAGACUCGGCAUUCCAGCAUGGAUUUGCAAGACCUGUUUUCGGACCUGGCUACGGAGCAAGUGGAGGAUGCAGCACUUGAAGGGCUUGAUGAAGAAGUGGCUCUUUUUGACUUGGAUGAAGCACAUCCAUCCUCUCCAUCACCAUCCUCUGAAGGAGACUCAAAGCUUGGUGAGAAGCAGCAAGAGGAUCCCAAAGAGAUUGUCUUGUCACCUGAGGGCAUUGCAUUCUUCAGGAGUAACACGUUUACCUUAUACAAAGAAGAUACUCUUCUGUGGCCUGUGCAAGAUUCACUUGACCCCUUUUUGUCUUUAAUUGAUGGAAGUAUUGUGAAUGAAUACAUCAAGAAUGGAUACUUCAUGAGAGAAGUCAGUUCCAUCAGUGUGCUUGCCAAGUAUCUGUUCCACAUCAUGUGUUGCACUGCUGACAAGAGCCUGCGUCGUUCAGCCUGUGACAGUCUCAUCUACCUCCUCACUACCUGCAACUCAAUGCCCUACAUCAAGCAGGAGCUCUGUCUGGUGCUGGUCAACCUGGGCGGUGACAUGAGCAAUCUGUGGGAGGACGUGCUGCACUACAAGUCCCGAGUGAUUCCUCCACCCUCCUGUGCUUCUCCUGAGGAUGAGGCAUCCCAGAUGACAGACUCACAGCUGCGAGAGGUGCUGGUGGUGCUUCUGCGGUUCCUGAGCCAGUGGUUGAUAAGGUACAAGAAUUACACUGCCAAAGAUGUAGAUGACCUCCUCCUCAUCUUCCUCAUCAUUGGUUUAGAUCCCAAGGUCAUUGAUAAUGCUCUUGAUGCCGACAUUGGUGCCUGCAUCACACACACUCUCAAGCUGUACUCCUCAGACAAAGAGUUCUUCCAGAGGAUGAGGAACAUAGUGAAAUGGCUCCUUGAAUACUGCAGCGGCGACCUGCCAUCUGUGGUGUACCUGUGUCAGGCCUACCUCUCCCCCACCGGCCGGGGCAGGAAGAUGCGUGGUGUCCUUGCCUUCCACCAACUGUGCCAGCAUCUCAGACUCAGCAAAGAGAGUUUUGUGGCUGACGUGCAGGCAAGGGACAUAGCAGACCUCCUCACUAGUUACUUCCAGAUCUCCCCAGACUUGACUGUUGCAUACGAUUCCUAUUAUAUCAUCAAGCUGGUGGAUCUCUCCCUGCACCUGGACCUUGUACAGCAAGACCAGAAGGACGACCUGAAGACAAUCUGUGACCUGGCUGAACAGAAGUUUCACAGGUCGCAGGGAAGUGCAGAUGACAUGAACCCAACCAUCUCCUUCCAGUGCUUGGUGGCCACAUUGUCCAGGUGGAGCAGUUGUUACACCAGGCUGGCCAGUCUUGAUGAAUGACCACAACAUCAGUAACUUGCUGACCUUCUCAGUUUAGCUGAGUGACUGUGGAACAUAAAUCAUCGUGAAACACUUCUGUGCUGCACCUCAGCUACUUUCAUAAGGCUCCAGUUGAAGUUACAUGGGUUUUUAAAAGGUGUUUUUAUGGUUUUAGUGAUAAAUUAACAAGAUUCUUACAUUAUUAAAAGGAGAAACUUUCAUGGGACUGCAGCUAACCAUCUCUGUGGCUUUUGAAAAUAGUCUUGGUGAAAGCAGAGUGUUUCUGAAUACAGAUGAGUGUCAUGUGGUGAGCAGUGAACUAUAUUUGAAAAGUCACUUGACCCCAAUACUGAGAAAGCUUGUGAAUUCCCCAAAACACAUCAAGGAAGUCCUCAAGAGGAAAGGGAGCAUUACCAAGUAUUAGAGAUUAUUGGUGAGUUUUGGUGCAAAAGCAAAUAUUGGUAAACUUAAUUGUGUGGUUGUUAUAACAAAGAGAGGGUGUAUUUACAUGUAAGAGAAGUGAUGUGAAAAAGUAUAUUGACGCAGACUGUAGAAUAAGAAUUUUUAUAUUUUUAUAUACCAGAUAAUGAAAGAAGUAUAACCAGAAUAAUUCAUAUGCACAAAAUCAUUUCAAAUAAAAGAAAAAAAUAUG